AUGUCCCCACCAACCGACAAAAAACAAAGCGGAGCCGCCCGUGUUCUCGGCUCUGCCACCGCCGGAAUCUGUGAGAUCGCCGUUUUCCACCCUGUGGACACCAUCUCCAAGCGUCUCAUGUCCAACCAGACCAGAAUCACUUCUGCCGCACAAUUGAACUCGGUUAUCUUUAGAGAGCACGCCCAGAAGGCGCUCGGAUCGAGACUUUUCACCUUGUUCCCUGGUUUGGGAUAUGCCGCUUGCUACAAGAUCUUGCAGCGUGUGUACAAGUACGGUGGCCAGCCUUUUGCCAACGAGUUCUUGACGGCAAACUUCAAAGACCUGUACGAGUCCUUGUUCGGCAAGAAGACAGGCAAGGCGCUUUUGUCCGCCACCGCAGGCUCGUUGAUCGGUAUUGGUGAGGUGGUGUUGUUGCCAUUGGACGUGUUGAAGAUCAAGAGACAAACCAACCCUGAGUCUUUCAAGGGCCGUGGUUUCAUCAAGAUCUUGGCCGACGAAGGUUUCGGCUUGUACCGUGGUUGGGGCUGGACUGCGGCCAGAAAUGCUCCGGGCUCUUUUGCUUUGUUCGGAGGUAACUCGUUUGCCAAGGAGUACAUUUUCGGAUUGUCCGAUUACUCUUCUGCCACCUGGACGCAGAACUUCGUCACUUCCAUUUUCGGUGCUUCGGCCUCUUUGGUUGUCUCUGCGCCUUUGGAUGUGAUCAAGACCCGUAUCCAGAACAGAAACUUCGACAACCCAGAGUCUGGCUUCACCAUUUUGAAGAACAUGGCUAAGAACGAGGGAAUCACGUCGUUUUUCAAGGGUUUGACACCAAAGUUGUUGACCACUGGUCCUAAGUUGGUUUUCUCUUUUGCCUUGGCACAGUCGUUGAUUCCUGCUUUCGACAAGCUCAUGAAGUAG